UCGUCUCAAGGUUCUAACCUAGAUGGAUGGAUGGAUGUAUAGAUGUGAUAUCUUUUGACUCGUCAUAUUAAGCAGGAGAGGAUGGAAAAGAUGACGACAUCUGGCUUUCUGUAGGUAUGUCUGUCUUGUGUAAGAAAGACGGGGAAGGAGAGAAAUGGUCAUCACGAUUGAUUCAUCAUAAACUUGAGUAGGGUAUAGAGAGCGCUCUUGGGUCUGGAAAGAAAGUGGAUGGUGGUAGGGUGCAAGACUUGCAGGCGCAUAUCUAAAACACUCUGUAGACGUGUGUGUGGUUCGGAACUUUGCAUCUAACAAUGCGCCGGCCACAAAUGGCGGUGGCAGAUGUUUAGGAUAGGCCUUCCAUUUCGGCCGAGAGUAGAACGAGCUGGAAAGAAUGGUUUACCUGUCAGUAAAUUGAAUGGUUUCCUCCUUUACAAGUAGGCCCGUAAGCCUGCAGAUACGCGAAACUGUUCUGUGUGUAUAAAAGGAGGUAUCAUAAAUCACCAGAACGACUGGCCUGGGCUAAAAGGUCCUUGCUGAUCAGCGAUGUGUCUUUUCCAUCAUACAACACCAAAGCCCAAGAAGAAUAAGAAGGCGAGGACGACAACAACUAAGGAACCAGGAAUCGAAGAAUUCGAACACCUGGCAGGAGACGAAGCAAUAAACCAGGGAUUCUCACCAACUUCCUUUGGAAACCCCACAAUGCAUUAUCCAUACGGGAGUUACGCGCCAUGGAGCAUGGAACAAUGGCUCCGAGAUAACGAGCCUUGCAACAUCACAAGGAACCAGUGGGCUUCUCACCACAAUACAGUCAAGGCAACUUCCGCCACGGUGAACGAGAAUGGGCAGAAGAUAGACGCAGUCAACGCCUCCGUCUCCGGUGGAAUCGCGGAGGCCCGGAAUACAGCCAAGCAUACCCAGGACGCGAUCAAUGCGGCCAUCGAUGUCGCCAAGGGCACACACAUGGCGGUAGAAGACGUUCACGCUACCGUGAAGGCAACGUAUGAUGCGAUCAAGAAGAACCAUGGCGAGCAUGCCAGAAAGCAAGAUCGAUGUGCUGCCGAGAUCAGCAAGGUCCGAAAGAUGAUGGAAGAGGAGGCGGCAAGGCGGGAGGAGGCGCAUCAAAAACAACAGAAUAUGCAGGAAGCGUGGAACUAUUAUCAAUGGUUCCGGCAGGCGGAACGCGACGCAGAGCCGAGGAAGUCUUCAGGGAGCAGCAUUCGGACACAGUCGAGUAGCAGCAGCAAACCAUCGCGCAGGCGACAAGCACCUUCAUCCGAUGAUCCAGCCGAAUCCGAAAAACGACAGCACCAGGACGAGGAGCUCAAGCGUGCGGUAUGGAAUCAUUUGAAAGAGUUCUUUGGUGAAGCAACCCCACAAGCCCGUCACGUCGAGGGAAAUCGUGAUAACCAUAACCAUUUUUACACAUAUCUGCCGCCAUCUCCAUCAUGGGGUGGCCGGUUUGACGAAGGCAUUCACGAUGACUGGCAAGAUCCCUUCCCGCCAUUCCGACGACAUCAUCGGUUCCAUGAUGGCAGCGUUGACGAUGGUUUUAGGGUCCAUAUUCCUCCCCAACGUCAGGACAAUCCGUUCAUGCACCAAGUAUCGCCAGCUGGGCGUCACGGUCACAGACGAGGCCCAAGGUUUUGAAAUUAUGUGCAAGUUGUACAUAAAUCGUUACCGGCCUCCCAUACUAGGCCCGGAGCAUUUCAUCGCUAAUCUCUGGUUACUGUCGAGCGCAAUAUCGAAAUGAUAGAUUGGAAUAAAGCUUGAUUCCAUCUACUAGAUAGUGUAGUCGAUCUGCGCAGAUCCUGAAAGCGUAGAUCCUGAAAGAUUUGCAAAGUCCAGAUUUCCAUUAAACAUUGCGACGCCAAGGUCAGCAGAAUUGAUCUGGUCUCGCCUGUUCAGUUAAAGGCACCGGCUCUCCUUUUCGUCUCAGGGUGGCAAGGACGGUGGGGAAGGGUCAUCUCAUUGCCCAGUUACCAUAGAAAGUGUUGUCUGGGUGUUUGGUUUUGGUGGAGAUAGAGAUGGUUCGAGAUUUCUUGUAGUAUCAAGUUCCAAUAAUAUGUUGCUUUAGGUUCUCACGAUAGUUGAAUCGAGUAGUGUAAGAUUUCGAAGAAGUCCUAGUGUAGGCCCAGUACUAGUCUGGCCUAGUACCACAGUACCUAGGUAGCUAGUAAUUGGAACAUUGAAAUGUCUAGGACCUGCAGGCUGCAUGUCACAACAUACGGCGUAAUCAUAUCAUGCUCGUAAUCUCCGGAAAUAAAGGACGGUUACAUACUCCCUAGAUGCUAGGUAAACUGGUAGGUAGUAGGUAGUAGGUACUAGGUAGGCUACUAGUU